UCAAAGUUUACUGUCGGCGUGUCGGUAUCACUCAUCGGCUUUUUAUAAUUUCCUAAAUCGUGGGCAGAAGAUUAGUGCCCUUUAUUUAAUACAUUAUUGAUUAUCGUAAUCAUUAUUAUUUCGUAGUGAAUUUUUAAGUACUGUAGUGUAAUUGUUAACAAUGCCAGACAUCGAAAAGCUCUCCAUAGAAGAGCUGUACACAUCUGAAAAAAAUGGGAGUGAUGAGACUGGAGAUGGAUCAUCAGAAAAACCUUUUAAAACUAUUUUACAAGCUAUGCGUCAUGCAGGCAAGGAACCAUUCCCAACCAUAUACGUUGAUUCCAAAGACGAUAGCAAAGUUUAUGAUGUAGCUGCUAAAUCUCAGUUGAAGAAGAUUCAGAAAAUCUGGGUGAGGGAAAACUACAAAGCUGCUGAUAAAGCCAAGGGGGAGGAGGAGAAAGAUGAAAAGAGAGUGCAGAACUUAGAAGAAGCAAAAAAGAUUGUCUUAGAACAGGAUCCCUCUCUACCCAAAGCUAAGACUGUAAAGAUAUUGGGUGCUGGCGAAAACCGUGGUGAAAGGAUAUGUGUACGCGGUUGGGUGCACAGGCUGCGGCGUCAAGGCAAAGCUCUAGCGUUUCUAACAUUACGAGACGGUACUGGCUAUCUGCAGUGUGUUCUACAUGGCAUUCUCUGCCAAACGUACAAUGCACUGGUACUCUCCACGGAAUCAUCUGUUAUUUUGUAUGGAAAGCUUGAAGUUGUGCCUGAGGGAAAAAUCGCACCAGGUGGGCAUGAGCUGACAGUAGAUUACUGGGAGCUCAUCGGAUUGGCCCCACCCGGCGGUGCGGACGCCAUUCUGAACGAAGAUGCUCUUCCCGACGUCCAGUUGGAUAACAGGCACAUAAUGAUUCGCGGCGAGAACACUACGAAGGUUCUGAGGAUGCGUGCAGUCGUCACUCAGGCCUUCCGGGAACACUUCGCAUCUCGUCACUACACAGAGGUGCAGCCACCGACGCUCGUACAGACUCAGUGCGAGGGAGGCUCUACUCUAUUCAAGUUUGACUUCUUUGGAGAACAAGCGUACCUCACCCAGAGCUCGCAGUUGUACCUUGAGACCUGCCUGGCAGCGCUCGGGGAUGUGUACUGCAUCGCGCAGUCGUAUCGCGCGGAGCAGUCGCGAACUAGGAGGCAUCUUGCUGAGUACAGCCACGUGGAAGGAGAAUUUGCUUUCAUCACAUUCGAGGAGUUGCUGGACAGAAUCGAGGACAUGGUGGUGGAUGUAGUGGACAGGGUGCUGGCUUCGCCUGAAGGCCAUCUUGUGUAUGAACUGAACCCUAAGUUUAAGCCACCACAAAAGCCAUUCAAGCGGAUGACCUACAUCGAGGCCAUUGAAUACCUGAGAGAAAACAACAUCACGAAAGAUGAUGGAUCUUUCUAUGAAUUUGGAGAUGAUAUUCCGGAAGGCCCUGAACGGAAGAUGACAGAUGCAAUUGGAGUUCCAAUUCUGUUGUGCAAGUUUCCAGCAGAGAUCAAGUCGUUUUAUAUGCCGCGCUGCCCCGAGGACCGGCGCCUUACCGAGUCCGUUGAUGUGCUGAUGCCGGGCGUUGGGGAAAUUGUCGGUGGAUCCAUGAGGAUAUGGGAUCACGAAGAACUGUUGGAAGGAUACAAGCGCGAGGGAAUUGACCCUACUCCAUACUACUGGUAUACUGAUCAACGUAAAUUUGGUUCCGUGCCUCAUGGUGGAUAUGGACUUGGCUUGGAACGAUUCCUUUGCUGGCUUCUAGAUAGAUACCACAUUCGUGAAGUGUGUCUCUACCCACGUUUCUUGGAGCGGUGUACUCCUUAAAGUGAAUAAACUUCUUAAGAAUCUUUUGUUUCUUUAUUUAUUUUUUAUAAUUUUGCUGAGAUGAAAAUAUACUUUUUGUUUGUA